AUGGGGAUGGAAUCUGGGAGAAGGGGAUGGAAUCUGGGAGAAGGGGAUGGAAUGAGGGAGAAGGGGAUGGAAUCUGGGAGAAGGGGAUGGAAUCUGGGUAAAGGGGAUGGAAUCUGGGAGAAGGGGAUGGAAUCUGGGAGAAGGGGAUGGAAUCUGGGAGAAGGGGAUGGAAUCUGGGAGAAGGGGAUGGAAUCUGGCAGAAGGGGAUGGAAUCCGGGAGAAGGGGAUGGAAUCUGGGAGAAGGGGAUGGAAUCUGGGAGAAGGGGAUGGAAUCUGGGAGAAGGGGAUGGAAUCUGGGAAAAGGGGAUGGAAUCAGGGAGAAGGGGAUGGAAUCUGGGAGAAGGGGAUGGAAUCUGGGAGAAGGGGGUGGAAUCUGGGAGAAGGGGAUGGGAUCUGGGAGAUAGGGAUGGAGUCAGGGAGAAGGGGAUGGAAUCUGGGAGAAGGGGAUGGAAUCUGGGAGAAGGGGAUGGAAUCUCGGAGAAGGGGAUAGAAUCUGGGAGAAGGGGAUGGAAUAUGGGAGAAGGGGAUGCAAUUAGGGAGAAAGGGAUGGAAUUUAGGGGAAGGGGAUGGAAUCUGGGAGAAGGCGAUGGAAUCUGGGAGAAGGGGAUGGAAUCUGGGAGAAGGGGAUGGAAUCUGGGAGAAGGGGAUGGAAUCUGGGAGAAGGGAUGGAAUUUGGGAGAAGGGGAUGGAAUCAAGGAGAAGGGGAUGGAAUCUGGGAGAAGGGGAUGGAAUCUGGGAGAAGGGGAUGGAAUCUGGGAGAAGGGGAUGGAAUCUGGAAGAAGGGGAUGGAAUCUGGGAGAUGGGGAUGGAAUCUGGGAGAAGGGGAUGGAAUCUGGGAGAAGGGGAUGGAAUUUGGGAGAAGGGGAUGGGAUCUGGCAGAAGGGGAUGGAAUCUGGGAGAAGGGGAUGGAAUCGGGAGAAGGGGAUGGAAUCUGGGAGAAGGGGAUGGAAUCUGGGAGAAGGGGAUGGAAUCUGGGAGAAGGGGAUGGAAUCAGGGAGAAGGGGAUGGAAUCAGGGAAAAGGGGAUGGAAUCUGGGAGAAGGGGAUGGAAUCUGGGGGAAGGGGAUGGAAUCUGGGAGAAUGGGAUGGAAUGAGGGAGAAGGGGAUGGAAUCUGGGAGAAGGGGAUGGAAUCUGGUAGAAAAGAUGGAAUCUGAGAGAAGGGGAUGGAAUCAGGGAGAAGGGGAUGGAAUCUGGGAGAAGGGGAUGGAAUCUGGGAGAAGGGGAUGGAAUCUGGGAGAAGGGGAUGGAAUUUGGGAGAAGGGGAUGGAAUCUGGAGAAGGGGAUGGAAUCAGGGAGAUGGGGAUGGAAUCUAGGAGAAGGGGAUGGAAUCUGGGAGAAGGGGAUGGAAUCAGGGAGAAGGGAUGGAAUUUGGGAGAACCGGAUGGAAUGAGGGAGAAGGGGAUGGAAUCUGGGAGAAGGGGAUGGAAUUUGGGAGAAGGGGAUGGAAUCUGGGAGAAGGGGAUGGAAUCUGGGAGAAGGGGAUGGAAUCUGGGAGAAGGGGAUGGAAUCUGGGAGAAGGGGAUGAAACCUGGGAGAAGGGGAUGGAAUCUGGGAGAAGGGGAUGGAAUCUGGGAGAAAGGGAUGGAAUCUGGGAGAAGGAGAUGGAAUCUGGGAGAAGGGGAUGGAAUCUGGGAGAAGGGGAUGGAACAUGGGAGAAGGGGAUGCAAUCUUGGAGAAGGGGAUGGAAUCUGGGAGAAGGGGAUGGAAUCUGGAAGAAGGGGAUGGAAUGAGGGAGAAGGGGAUGGAAUCUGGGAGAAGGGGAUGGAAUCUGGGAGAAGGGGAUAG